GGGGCGAUGACUUGUGGGUUUUUUGAGGGGUUUGGGUGGACUAUAUAGGUGGUUGAGGGCGGUAGCUCCUCAGUAUAGGCUCUUCUGCUGUACCAUCAUGACAGGAACGAUUCUGCUGGCCAUCGCUGCGGCCUUCGCCCUCCUCCACCCAGGAGGAGCGAAGGUUGCCGACGUGAAGGACAUCUCCAACCCUUGCGGCGGCACUGGAAUGGGUCCAUAUGACUACAGCCAGCUGCUGUGCAUGUCGUUCGUGUUCUAUGAGGCUCAGCGCUCAGGGAAGCUGCCGGGGAACCAGCGAGUCACCUGGAGAGGCGACUCAGCCCUCAAUGACGGCUCUGACGUUGGCCACGACCUCACUGGCGGCUACUACGAUGCUGGAGACUUCGUGAAGUUCGGGUUCCCGCAGGCCUUCACCGCGACCUUGCUGGCUUGGGGGCUCAUCGACUUCUCUUCUGGAUACAACUCUGCCGGUCAGACAAACUAUGGUAAAGACGCUGUCAAGUGGGCCACCGACUACUUCCUCAAGUGUCAUACCGGUUACUACGAGCUGUACGGCCAGGUUGGAGAUGGACACAUCGACCACAACUACUGGGGCCGGCCCGAGGAGAUGACCAUGCAGCGACCCUCCUACAAGAUCGACAGCAACAAUCCCGGAAGUGAACUGGCCGCAGAGACCGCUGCCGCCCUGGCUGCCGCCUCCAUUGUCUUCAAGAGCGACGGUAGCUACUCCAACACCUUGCUGAGCUCGGCCAAGGAACUAUACCAGUUCGCCGACGAGAAGCGCGGAAACUACGCCAAUUCCAUCCCUGUAGUAACCGACUUCUACAACUCGUGGAACGGGUACGGAGAUGAGUUGUUGUGGGCAGCGGCGUGGCUCUACAGGGCCACCGGAGAUUCAAAUUACCUCAAUAAGGCUAAGCAGCACUGGAACGAAUUUGGUCUCGGCAAUCCCCCACAGCAGUUCUCCUGGGAUUCCAAAGCUCCCGGAGCCUAUGCGGUGCUUGCCAUGGCUGACGGCGACUCCAUGUUCUCAAGUGCCCUCCAGACCUACAUGAACAACAUCAGGAACAGCGCGCCCUAUACUCCGGCCGGCCUGGUGUACCUCGACGCCUGGGGCUCCAACCGACAUGCCGCCAACGUCGCCUUUGUCGCCUUCAUGGCCGCCAAGCUGAACAUCGACGCCAGCGCUAACCACGCUUGGGGCAAGAAACAGAUCGACUACAUGCUGGGUACCCCGCUCCACUCCUUCGUGGUGGGCUACGGCAACAACGCCCCUCAGCGCCCCCACCAUGCCGCCGCGUCCUGUCCCGACGAGCCUCAGACCUGUGACCCUAACUGGGCCAUGAACCAGGCAGGAGCCAACCCGCAGACACUCUGGGGCGCCCUUGUCGGCGGCCCUUCGCAGGACGACUCCUACUCCGACGACCGCGCUGACUACCAGCACAACGAGGUGGCUAUCGACUACAACGCUGGCUUCACCGGCGCCCUCGCCGCCCUGGUGGAGAACCACUCCAAGUACUCGUUAAGUCUCGGUAUAACGUCCACAGGUCAGACGGAGGACGCUCAAGCUACCCUCAAGUGGGCGACGGAUUUUCUUCUGAAGUGUCACACUGGACCCUACGAGUUUUAUGGCCAGGUCGGUGACGGCCACAUCGACCACAACUACUGGGGCCGGCCCGAGGAGAUGACCAUGCAGCGACCCUCCUUCAAGAUCGACUACGAUCAUCCCGGCUCGGAGCUCGCGGGCGAGGCAGCAGCCGCCCUCGCCGCCGCCUCCAUCGUUUUCAAGGAGGCCGACCCAGACUACUCGGCGGAGGUGCUCGCGGCUGCCAAAGAACUCUACACUUUCGGAGACGAGAGAAGGGAGACUUACCACGUGUCUAUCCCAGAGGUCCAGGACUUUUAUUGGUCCUGGAGCGGGUACGGAGACGAGCUGGCGUGGGGCGCCCUCUGGCUCUACCGCGCCACUCUCGACGACUUCUACCUGGCCCGCGCCAAGGAUCACUGGGUGGAGUUCAGCCUGCAGGAGAUGCCGAGGGAGUUCUCCUGGGACUACAAGACGUUGGGCGUCUAUGCUCUGUUCGCCACGCUGGACGAGGACCCGCUCUACAGAGAGACGCUGCUGGAGGGGCUCAACCACUUCCAGAACGACUUCCCGUACACUCCUGGCGGCCUGGCCUUCAUACAGUUCUGGGGAUCCAACAGACAUGCCGCAAACGUCGCCUUCAUCUCCCUCCUGGCAGCUAAACUGGGCAUCGACGCUGAGGUGAACUACGAGUGGGGAGCCAGCCAGAUCGACUACAUGCUCGGGGACACCGGACGCUCCUUCGUGGUUGGCUACGGAGAGAACUCCCCAGAGCGGGUCCACCAUGCUGCAGCGUCCUGCCCUGACCUGCCGGAGGUGUGUGACCCUGACUGGGCCAUGAUGCAGCCGGGCCCUAACCCUCAGACGGUGUGGGGCGCCCUGGCUGGCGGCCCUAACCAGACCGACUGGUUCUUGGACGACCGCGAGGACUACGUUCACAACGAAGUAGCCCUGGACUACAAUGCUGGAUACACUGCCGCCCUCGCCGCCUUGGUCGAGCUCAGUUCCGCAGUUUAAGGCUCUGACAGCACUGCAGGAGCUGAAGGAGUCCGUCGAAGUCACUCCCAACGAUACACUUCUUCAGGCUUUGAAGGCGCUCUUUGUCACCACUCCCAACGAUACACUUCUUCAGGAAGUGUAUCGUUGUACUGUGUCAUCGACAGCUCUUGCAAGAACACUUCUCUAGGAGCUUGAAGAAGCGUCACGUAAGCAAACAAGCGGAUAUACAAGAAGCUUAAUUAUAACUAUGAGGUCGUCUCGUAUUAUUAUCGUUAAUAAUUAAAAACGUUUUUGAAGCCGCUAAAAA